AACGAGACGAUCAACCGCCAACGAGACGAUCAACCGCCAACGAGACGAUCAACCGCCAACGUAGCAUUGCUGAUAGAUCCCGCGCCUUUUCGGCCAACGAUUUUCAGACAAAGCAUUCAAUUCAGAAUGAACGACGUAACGCUAUCGGCAAUAGCCAACUACCUCGGUUCAUUAGGCAUGAUUCUGAUCGUUGUUUAUCAUGUGAGUCUUUUCUUUUCUCUCCGUUUCUAUCAUAGCGAUCGGCGUGACCUGAAUCGACAUGCUUUCACUGUGGUGCACAGCUUGUGGCGGUGCAUGCAAAGCGAGCUGAGAACCCGUCAAAACCUCAGGCUUUUAUUGGCAGUCAGGCUCGGUGAUCAAUUCUUACACGUCGCGCCCCCUUCAUCAUGUCCGUUUAAGGUCAUCUUUGCACAGCAUGGCCUUGAGAAGCGCUGUCAUCAAAGCCUUCGCUCGUUCAGGCGACAAACGGUGAUUCGCAAACCGUUGUAUACGGCGAACACGGUUGCCGCGUACGAUGCGCCGCCACCACCGUGCUCCUGCAAAUCUGCAUAGACCAUUCUGCAUCGUUUCCAGUAAUGUGCUCCUACCAUGUUUCAGCUCGGUAUGAGCCUGGUAGAUCAAAGCAUACAAUUGGCAGGGUAGUUUGUUGGUAUCACUGAGGACAGGUUUCUGGAAGCCAACAAUGCCAUCCAUAGAAGUGUGGGACUGGUGUAUUGGGACAUGGGUGGGUAGGGUAAAUGUCAUGC